AUGGACCUCAUCGCCACAGGAGCUACCUCGAGGCCCAGUUGUGAGUUCCAUAACAAUAGUCAGCAUCACGAACCCGGCCUCCUGAUGGCUACCUACGAUACACUCUUGUUCUUCGCAUUGUUAAUUUUUAAAUAUAUUCGGCUUAUCGUUCAAGGCUUAGCCUAUCUCAGAUAUAGACCUAUUCCCAUCCCGAAGAACCCGAACCUUACACCGGCUGCUGUAACGACUGUAAUUGCAACGCUCGGUAAAAGUCCCGUUGCACUUUUCGAAGGAGUUCACUGCCAUAUACAAGCCGGAAUCCAGAACAUUUGGAUCUGUACGCCUCCUAAUACGUUUGAAGAAAUUCAAGCCUUAUCGAUUGAAAUUGCAAAGCGGCACGACAGAGUUCGAAUUGAUGUAUGCCAGGCUAGCUAUGCCAAUAAGCGAGAACAACUUGCAUGCGCCAUUACCCAUAUUCCUGAAGAUCGAAAGCGGGUCCAUCGAAUUAUAGUGUUCGCUGAUGACGAUAUAGUAUUUCCCGAGAACACCGUGCGAUGGAUGCUUGCAGCUUUUGAGAAGGAUAAAGUUGGUGGAGUAGGGACCUGUCAGCGAGCUAGAGGUGUCGCCGAUGGAUCACCCUCGCGGAGGAUUAUCAAUUCAAUCUUUCGUGACUAUAUUGAACGUCGAAACUUCGAAAAUCUAGCAACUUUGACAAUAGAUGGUUCGAUCUCAUGCCUAUCAGGGCGAAUGGCUGGCUUCCGAUCGGAGAUAGUCGAAGACCCUCGAUUCCUCAGCGGAUUCACAGGUGAGACAUGGAACGGUCGACCGCUGAACGCUGAUGAUGACAACUUCUGGACACGUUAUCUACUGGAGAACGACUGGAGCAUCAAGAUUCAAAGCCACAGAGAGUGCCAGGUCGAAACAAUAUUCGGUACGAGUACCCAAGAACUCUGGCGAUUUGUGCGAUGGCAGAGAAGCAAUCCGAGGAGCAACUCGAAAAGUUUACGAAACUUCAAAAAUUGGCGGUAA